AGAGGAGGCGGGACUAAGGUGGAUAUCUGUUCCACAAACGACGAGCCGUACUAGUGUGGUUGUGUGAUCCGUUCAUUUUUUUCAGACAAUUUGAACUUCACAAGACAUAUCAACGACUGUCAGUAGUGAUACGCAACAGCGGUACCUCAGCGCUCACCGUCGGUUGUCCUUCGUCCUUCAACUUUAAAAACUAAAAGCCAUAAUCGGACUAAGAUUAGCAGCUGGAGGUGUCGUUAUUAGCCAAGUGUAGCUAACGUGUUCCUACAUAUCAGCUGCCUCAGCGCUGUAUGUGCGGCAACAACAUGUCAGCGCCUUUACCUGCCAUCGUGCCUGCAGCUCGGAAAGCUACUGCAGCGGUGAGUUUGACUCUAAGACUAUGCGGCCGGUUUAAUUUAGAUCGAAUUAACUGCGCACACAACAGUGUCCCACUUCUGAUCCGUGCAGCCUGCAGGACUCGAAGUGAGCAUUAGAAGUAAAGUUUGAGCAAAUGCAAGUCAAAUAAAGAGGUCUGCAGUGUUUUUUUUUUUCAGUUCUCAGGUCUAGUUGGAAACAGUAGCUGCUGUCUUUAGUUUAUCGUGUAAAGUCUGGAGUUUACAAUUGUCAGUAUGCAUGGUUCAGGAGCUGCAACCUCUAAAGCUCUGUCCAGGAGUGUAUCCAAAAGGUUAGCAAGGGGUUGCACGCCCCCCUUACCCCACCCCACUCCUUGAACUUUGAUUACCCCCCUCCAGGUGCUAUGCAAAAUCUUGCAUAGUUUCAACAAUCUGAACUGAAACUCUGAUCCUCUCAUCAGACUUCUUUAAUUUUUCAGUUGAGCUACUGGCUCAAUUUACCCCUGAACUACUAUGAUGACUUUAUUAUUCCUCUAAGCUAAAACGGUGGACUUUUAUGCUUUAUGGUUUUUGACCUCGUGUUGUAGCUCAUAGAUGCCACAAUUGUGUAAAGUGAAAAAUGGGUUUUUUUGUAGAUAAAUGUCUAACCCCUUCACCCAUGUGCUUCUAAUCUUCACAGACUCCAUGAAUUGAUGCCCAUCUCCCAAAUAUUUGGUCACAUGAUCAAUUUCUUUUACCAUUUUCAAGCAACGGGGGGUGUCUCAACUUACCCUAUGGCUCAAUUUACCCCACCCUCCCCUACUUCCACAAAAUGCUUUCACUGGGGAGCUGUCGUGUAGCAUAGCCAGGCAGAGAGUCAGGAGUGGCAGGUGUGUGUUAGUAAAGCUGAAGGACUGAGUGAGCAGGGGGAUAAAGUUAUUUGAAAAGCAACUAAGUAGUAGAGAAUGAAAAACAGACAAGUUUAAGCAAACAGAACAAGUGAGAGGAUGUUUCAUCAUUUUUCUCUUCCUCAUUUUCAUUUAGUUUUUGUUUUUCAGUCUUCAGGAUGUUGAAGUUUGAGCAAUUUCCUUAGCAAUGAAGAAAAACAGAUCCUGUUAAAUGACCAAGGGGAGCAGAUAUAGAGCAAACAGUAGCGGCCUAAGGACAGAACUCUGAGGAACACCACAAGACAACUGCUUUUUUUUGUGUUUGUUGUUUUUACAGGUGAUAUUUCUGCAUGGCCUGGGGGAUACAGGGUAGGAAAAGACACCCUUCUUCUUUCAUUUAGUACAAACUUUAUUGUCUCUCUCUGAUGGAAAAAAAAAAAUUGUCCGUCUACACAGGCAUGGCUGGGCAGAAGCUUUUGCAGGCAUCAGGAUACCACAUGUGAAGUAUAUCUGUCCUCAUGCGUGAGUAUUCACUGCAACUGUAGCAAAAUGCUGUGUUGUAUUUGCUGCAAAAGUCGAAGAUAUGCUUAAAAACACCAAAUGUUAAGACCCUUGUCUUUUUUUUCACUUGGAUUGGCAUACGUAGGUGUCAGAUAUUUCAUUUACACUCACUGAAACAGUUUUUUUCUUUUUUUUUUUAAUAUCAUUUCAGUCCGACCAUGCCUGUUUCCUUGAACAUGAGAAUGUCCAUGCCUUCCUGGUAAGUAUUGCACAAUAUGAACAUAUUUAGAUGUACAGUGUGGGCGUCUUAUUCCCCGUGAGCCUGAUUUUUUCCCUCACUAUGUAUAGGUUUGAUAUCUAUGGGCUGAACCCAGAUGCAGAGGAAGAUGAGAGUGGAAUUAAAAGAGCAUCAGAAAACAGUCAGUUACUGUGAUCAGUGUAAAACUGCAUUAAUGUUUGGGAAUAUUUCUAUUUGAUUUAAAAUGAGCCUCUUUUAACUUGACAUGUUCCAUUUCUCUCCAGUUAAAGCCUUGAUAGACCAAGAAGUGAAGAAUGGAAUACCUUCACACAGAAUUAUUCUGGGUGGAUUCUCACAAGUAAGUGUGGCAUGCACACAGAUGAUACAUUAUGUAACCCUGUUUUUACGGUGAUUCAUUGCUCAUGUGCAUAAUGUUUGUUAAUGACCAGAUCUAAAAUGCAUGCACACAAGUGUUCAACUAAAUGAACUAAAGGUAAAUGUUCCAGCGCAGAUGGGUUUUGAUUUUUUUGAAAAGCUCAGAGAAAAUCUCAAAAUUUGAAGAGAUAAGAAGUUAAAUCAGUCAAAACAGAGUUCAUAAAACAAUUCUAUUUGAACAACUAACAAUUUAACUGUAUCACUUUGGAUCACAGAAGUAUUGGCACACUAUUCAGAGUUUGCAAAAAAAAAAGGAAAGGACUUACUAACAGAAACCAAAGUGUGAAAACAAAAAUCAUCUUGGUGAUGGUGAGUAAUGUGUAGGGCUAUUUCUUGGCUCUUAGCAGUUGCCAGGCAACCAGCAAAGACUACAGGAAGUUAGUUAUCGUGCCAGGCCAACAAAUAGUCAGUGAGGCACAAAACACCCAGAGCUAUUCCUUUCAGUAUAGAUCAAAAGGUCAAUACUUAUAUUUAUAGAUUUCAAAACCAACUGAUCAGAUGUCAGAAUUUUUGCGCAGUUGUGUGUCUAAAGCAUCACACACAGACACACACACACACACACACACACAGAUAUUUAAAACAUCUCCUCUGACUCUUUUAUUCUUUUUCUCUAUUGAACAAAGGAACAAAAGAUUGGUGUCAAGGUUUUUUUGUAUCUGCUUUGUCCUUUUUUGCAGGGAGGCGCUUUGUCUCUCUACACCGCUCUGACAACUCAGCAGAAGCUGGCUGGAGUGGUCGCUCUGAGCUGUUGGCUCCCUCUACGUAACUCCUUUCCCCAGGUAACAAGAACCACCUCUGUGGAGAUUCCCAAAAAAUCACUUAAAAUUCCCCCUUUUUUAAUUUUAGUAUUGUUCAUACGUUUGUACAACAGCUUAGGGACAUCACGAUAAAACCUGUCCAGCGUGUGGCCCAUCUAGUGAUACAGUUUUCAUUCUCACAUCCAUCUCCUUUGGGUCGUUUCCAAACAAGUUAAAGACUGCACUGCAUGUGUGAAAAAAGGGCUGUAAUCUGUCAUAAUCAGAUAACUAGAAUAAUCCUAAUCUCCUCUAUUCUCAGGCGUCUGCCAACAGUGCAAACAAGGACAUGCACCUCCUCCAGUGCCACGGGGAUUCCGACCCCUUGGUUCCCUUUGUUUUCGGCAGCCAGACAGCAGAGAAGAUGAAGACCCUUAUCAAUCCAGCCAACAUCUCCUUCAAGUCCUACCGGGGUCUACCUCACAGCGCCUGUCCAGAGGUCAGUCUUGGAAAGAUCCUGUUUUAUAUGACCGGUCUGGUUCUGUUUUAUAAAUGUAGUUUCUGUAUGUCUAUGCAGGAAAUGGUGGAUGUCAAACGAUUCAUAGAGAAGCAGCUUCCUCCAAUCAGUGACGAGUGAAAUCAAGAGCCGCCGCACAAUCACACAGCUUCAUCUGAGUCUUUCGGGACUUGAUGGUCUCGAGGAAUCAGUGACUUAACUUGACAUUUAAACCACGCUGCUACCCAUGGAGCCGGACAGGACUGCGGCUACUAGUCAGCUCGGGAGGGGCCUGACUAAAAUGAUGCUGCAUCCUGACCUGGAUCCACUCACAGUCCUCAGUGUUACAGUAGAGUAACUCUAGUUGCUUGAUUGUAAGGCUGUUUGCUAUUAAGUCGAGCCAUUUCUUGCAGGAAAUGUAUGUACUGGAAUAAUUAGGGCUAUACUUUAUCAUUUUAAUACCUGCCAUCUCACAAUAAAUGGCCUGUUAAUUUUUUUUCUAUUGAAGUCUCUGCAUAAUUGUCCUUAAACAAGUUCAAUAGUUGAUUAAUGUGCUUAUUUAGUUUGGGCCAAAUGCCAAAAAGGGAAAACUUGUUGCUCUGAGCGUUAGAUUUAAUUCUCUUGUCAGUUGAAAUGGAUGUCUGGAGGUUUUGGAAUAGUAUCAUCCAUGUGAUGGACACUUUUAUAUUUUUAAACAUGUUGAGAUCGACUGUCUUAGGCAACAAAUUUAGCUGUCGGUGAAACAAAUGAUCAGUAUUUUUAAUAGUGUUGGACUCAAAUGCUGGUUAUGUGUCCAAAAUGCAGUGCAGCCUCCUGCCACAAGCUGGGGCUGUAGCUCAGAUGACAAAUGUCACCACGCUAGGCUGUGGCUAACUGGACUGGAACAAUGCUUAACAAGCACAGACGUAUUAGAAUUUUGUGACAUUAGCAGAACAGACUUGAUAGAAACUGAAUGUUUAAAUAAAAUAAUAAUACCCGAAGAAGUCAACUUAGAUCUAUUCCUGUACAUUUACACACGGGGAGUCCCUCAUCCACAUUAACCACCAGCUUGUGCCACCAUGUUUCAAACUAGUAAAUGUGUGUUUGUUUUGAGUGAGUGGGACGAGAGGAUUUGUGUGAAUAGAAGUCUUUGAUUGUAAAAAUGUGGCGAAGGAAAGAUCAUGCUUUACAGCGGCCAUAGCUUCACUGAGAGGUGUGAGCAUGGGAGCGUUUUUAACCUAGAAUCAAACUGUUGGAAAGCAUUUCUAUUUCAACACAUAGCACCAAAGGAGGGCCUAUGUUUUGUUGUUCUAGCUCUACUAGUGGUAGCCUCACUGCAGACUAAUUUGUCAGCAUUUAUGCACAGACUGAGAUCCCGUGUUGAUUUGUGCACAGUUUGAGCUGCUUUUCAAGUUUAUUUCUUAUCUCCAGACUAAUCAAAAGUUGUCCAAAGUUUCCCUUUGCAAAACUAUGAGAUCAGUCGCUUGAGAACAGCUCUGUUAUACGCUAAAUAAUUAGUUAAACAAUCAACCCUUACCUGUGACAGCUCUUGUAUGUAUAAAGCAUAACUCCUAACUUUCUCUUCAUGCAACACUUAAAGGAAUAUUUCUCAUAAUGUACGAUAUAGAAUAAUGUUUCUUUUGUAAGUUUUGCAAACAACACGAUAGCAAAAACAACAUAUGAUUGUGCUUUAUUAGAUUUGUGAGAAUUCAAAUAGCUAUUUCACACAAACUCCUUUUUAAAUACACAAAUAUAUCAGUGGUCAUGGUCAUGUAUUCAGUAUUCUUUUCUUCCCUGUUUGGUUAAAAUUAAAUAUAUUAUGACUAAAAUCACAGUAUUGAAACACACAGACAAGAUCUAUUCCUGGGAAUCAGCUCGUUGAGUUGUAAAAAUGUUUUCUUUGAGAAGAGCUGAAAGCACCAACAUAUGAAGUUGUUGUCGCACCGUCACCGUCUUUGUUAGAGCAAAGGUGCGAGUGUAGAAGAUCUUAUUCCAAGGCACUUUCCUUCUUCUUAAGUUACAGAUAAAUAAAACCUACUAGUUUCUACAAGAACUGGAUAUGCAUUAAGGCUCACAACAUACCUAAAUACAAAUGCAGUGCUCACAGAUACAUGCUUUCUCUCAUUAGACAAGGUAGAAAAGUGCAAUGUCAAGCGCUUGGGAAUAUAUAAAAAUAUAGAUAUGUUUUCUGAACAAGCAACUGGUGCUGGAUAUAGCAUUUGUUCUUGUUUGCUCCAAGUAUUUUGGUAAGCUAAUCAUGGGUAAAUAAACUGCAGUUACAGCUGGAUUAAGACCGGUUUGAAGAAGUGUUCAUUUUCCCGUCUGUCUGUCUGUCUUAAAAUAGCACGACUCCAACAGGAAAACACACAGAAAACGCCGUCGGGUGGGACGCAUGCGCCAAAUUUGAAAAGCUAAAGUGUGUGGCAGUGGACAGUCUAUGGCUCAGGGGGAGGCUCUUCCAGGCUCUUCAGCAGAUCUGUGUACGCAGUGGAGUUUAUGAAGCGGGGGUACGAGUCUCUCUGCAUCAGGGUGUAGAUCUGCUGCUGAGCGUCGUCAAACGUGCACGAGGUCGGCUCCAGCAUGUUGCGGUUUAUCACUUCUCGAACACGGGAAUCCAAACUGACCUGGAGAAGAUGAGCAGAUAGGAGACCAGAGCUGUGUCACAUGUAAACAGGCAGAAGAUAAAGUAGAGAAACAGCUACUGUGGGGAGAAAGACUGUGAGGUUUAAGAAUCUGCAGGACCUAGAAAAGACCUUGAGGUCUCCACCCUCAAAAUAACAAUGCAGAAACACAACAAAGCACAACUUGAAGCCAAUAUAAUAAUGAUUAUUUGUGAGCCCUCGCUCUAUCUGCUCUGUCAGACAGGUCUCCUCUCUUCCCAUCGAAUGGGGCAGUCUUAAGCCCAGAUGAGACCUUUUCAUAAACAUCCAAGGAGGCCACUGCUGGUGUGACACCAUGGACUACUAAGAUCUGGAUAACAUGGAUCACCAGUGUAGAUCAGUGGUUGAAUCUCCCAUGUAUAGAGGGUACAUUACUCAAAGACUGGUUCCAGUUGGGCUCUCAGUGAAGGCAUGACAAAGGAAAGAAAAAUGGACAACAGGACAGCUCUCACAAAAGUGAAGCCAAAAGGUUGGAUCUCACUUUCUGAUGGGCUGCAGUACAGGUUCUCCAUGUUGACAGAUGGGACAUGGUCAAACUAUAAAACUAAAAUAUACCAAAGAUAAAUCAUUUCCCAAACAUAGUUCUGUUAUUUUAGCUGAUUCUGAAUUAGGUGUUUAAAGCUGAUAGUCAAAAAAGACGAAUAAAUAAUGAUGCAUCUUUACGACCAACAAAAGCAAAAGAAAAGAUCUAGAUCAGAAACAUGUCUGAUUAUUACAAAGAUGAAGCUCUGGGGUUAUCUUUGAGUUUGUGCCAAGGGUUAGAGAGCUCAAAAAUUGUACAAGCUUUUAUAAUGUCAUGCUUUGCUUUCUCACCUCUUUAGGGGAAAGAAUCGAGAUGAAGUCUUCGUAUAUCUGACGCACUUUCUCCUCCACCACAGUCUUGUUGGUCUCCUUCUUGAGAUCCUCGCAGGCGAGCCAAAACAUCAUGUUCUCCUCGCUAAACUCCGUCCGCAGGAACUGCCUGAAGCAGCUUCGACCCGCUGCACUCUUCAUCACCUUUUC